AUGGCGACCAGAAAUGAAGACUCUAGUACCGGAAGGCGGAAAAGCUUUGGCUUCUUCUCGCGCCCUACCAUACUCGCCGAUUCGGACGCAUCGCAAUCGCAAUCGCCGUGGACGAACGAUGACGGAACGAUCAGCUCGCCCAUCAAAUCCCGCCCGAAAUCGCUGUUCGGAGGUGCGAACGGUCUUACGGAGGUGGCGACCAUCGUAUCCAGCAGGAAGGUCCUGAGCAAGACCUCGACUCAGCGACCGAAAUCAGUGUUCGGAUCGCUCAAGGCGCGGGAUUCAACCAGUGUGGUGGUCACCUCGUCCGCCAGCUCGUCACUGGAGGAGUCGUCGAUGUCGGAAGGCCAGCGGGGUGUGCUUCCGCCGAGCAGCGUCAUUGUGCAGUCGGGAGAGGUAGUGACGGGCGGCGGACUCCUCCGAAAGAAGCGAGAUUACCUGGUCUUGACCAACCGCGAACUCGUCAAAUACAAAUCGGAAGCCAAAGCGCUUGAGGCAUUCUACGGGAAAGAUUUUAACGGUGGUAACAAAGGUAGGGCUUCAUCGGUCGGAUCCGCCGUCGCCAACGCGAGCGAACACACUUUUAUCACAAUGAUGAAUCAAGUCAUUGCCGUCUAUUGCCCUAGCCUAGACCACGAACAUGGAAACACCGUGCAGCUUGACUACAUCGACGGGUCGUCGGGACAGCCAUCCUCGACUACUUUUACCACAGCUAGUCAAGCGGAAGCGCGGUCUUGGACGGAUAGGCUUAGAGCAGUGACGGCACAGACGCGAGCUUGCUCUCCGCCUCUCGUGUAUCCUGAUACGACCGUGGAGCAUAUUGCUCGGCGUCUGGAAGCUGAGAAGGACUACUCGCCCAUGCACUUUCAGGUAUACAGAGUAGUUCAGAGAUCUGGAAAGUCCGGUAAUAAAUCUACUGAAGACCUACAAAAGAUAUAUUCAACCAUGUGCUAUCUCGCGAUUGGUAUCCACAAAGUCCACCUUGUGCCUCUGAGGUCUGCCACAAACAAAAGCACAGUCUCUUCACCAUCCCCGACACCGACCAUAUCUUUUGGAAUUCUGAGUCUUUUUGGACUGUGGAUAUCUAGCACUGAUGAUUGCUUCUCCCUUACCUUCCGAACACCAUGUCGACACCCGCACAAGCUCAGUCUCGCAUCUGCAGAUGCACCCGAGAUCAUUCAAGCCGUACGACAAGCUGUCGAAUACCUGCGGCCAAUGUGGCAGAUCCAGCCGUACUCGAUCAACAUUCCGGAGACCAUGAAGGAUGAAGCACUACCGGACAUUCCACCCACGCCCGGAGAUGACCUGAACGGAUUCGAUAGGACGUUGGCAGCAUACUGCACAGCAUACGAGAUCGAUGCGUCGAAUAUCGUUUACACCGUGGCGACGGAUGUCGAGGACGCACCGCGGUUUCAGUUGUACCCUCCGGCACAUCCGCGACGACGAAGUUACACUGAUCUAGAGCUGCUGGCGGUUCUGCGGACGUUACGGUGGAAUGACGCGUUUUGCUCGAUAUCCUUCCGGGGAAUAUCCUUGGAUCCGUUGACGCGAGUGUACGAUGUCCACGGAUCGGAAUACGAGCCGAGUGUGGAGCGUUCAGGACGGAAAAUCAAUCUGAAGGUGGCCUCGCAGGGAGCCAAAACCUUGCUCGUACACGAACUCCGCGCACUUGCACUGUACUGUGGCAAGUUGAGGCGGAUGGACUUUCACGAAAGCAUCAGGAAGGAGGAUGUCAAUGGCGGUUCCAAUUCACCUAUCGAACCGACCAGUGAUCGCGCUUGCCCUAUCGUGGAGGCUAUCAUGCCGCUGUGUCGGCGAGGCUUGACCAAUGUCGAUUGGUUCAACCUGACGGGGAUCGAGUUGGGAGAAGCGGAUUUGGAUUGGCUUGUUGAUGCUGCAGCAUCGAGGCUGGCGCAUUUCCGUGGGUUCGAGCUUGCUCGUUGCGGGCUCACGGAAAGAAUGCUUACGCUCUUCUUGAACGCCUUGAGCACCCAUGAGAACACACUCGAGGCACUUGAUAUCUGUGGGAACCCGUGUAGGAUGCACGCUCCUACUCUCAACAACGCCAUGACAUACUUCCCAUUCCUCAGGAAACUCAAUCUUUCCCGGCUCCUGAGGACGUCGGGAGACGAUCCGGUCUUGACAGCGGAGACUUUGCAUAGAUGGCGCUUGGAGGAUCUGGAUCUUAGUGAAACAAAGCUCAAUGCCGAAACGGUAGAAGCCAUUGCCACAUACUUAGCAAGCCCGCAAUCAGAUGCAUUGCGCCAUCUGGCACUCUUACAGUGUGGCUUGACGGCUCGAGAUGUAGCGCUGUUGAUGCAUUCCAUGGAACGAGAAAAGGGCAAAGCGCGAAACCUGCAUCUCUACGUCGGCUCUAGCUCUUUGGCCCACGAUUCGCAGGAUUUCAUCGAUUGCAUAUCGCAAGGCCGAACACCGUCACACCUGACGAUGCGGAUGGUGGAUUACCCGAAGGAAGAGCCAUUCCAGGAAUUCAUACGCGCGCUUACCGUCAACAACACGAUCGUCUACUUGGACAUGGGCAAGAUCUCGCUGCCGUACGAAGCGGGAGAGAAGACGUCGGCAUUGCUGGGGAAGUUGUUUGCUGAGAACACGACGUUGAGGGAAUUGGACAUCUCUGGAGAACAGGCUGUUCUUGAGAGUGCGAGUUUAGGAGCGGGACUCCUGAACGCGCUUAGCCGCCUCGCGGAGAAUAAGACGUUGGAGAUCUUGAGGAUCGAACUGCAAUCACUCGGCACCCCCGGCGCCAUGGAGCUGGCAUCCAUGCUCCCCAAAAACACCACCCUCCGCGAGCUCCACUGCGAUAUGAACGACAUCCACCUGCAAGGCUUCACCGCGAUGGUCAACGCCAUCGAGCACAACCACACGCUCCUCUACCUCCCUCGCAUGGAUCGCGACCGCAUGGACCAGAUGCGCCUUCUAAAAGAAAAACUCUGCCAACCCGCCAUCCCAGACAACUGGGACCACCGCACCCCCCACCCCCUCACAAGCGCGCCCUCACAACCCCCCGAAAAGGAAAAGAAAAAAUCAAGCUUCCGCAAGGCCUCGCGCACAAAGAAGGUAUCCUUUUCGGAGGAGGACGCACUCAUGGCUGUCGGCGUGGAGCAGAAUCUGAAGCUCCUGGAGGAGAAGUGGGAAAGCGAGGCGGCAAGACUGCAGAGGUUCCUGGCCAGGAAUAUGAAUCUGCGACUGCAGACGCUGAAGGGCGGGGUCGCACGAUUACCGGCCAAGCGUUCCGGCGUGCACUCGGCGGGCUCGAUCAGUAGCAUGGCAUUGCUGUGGGGGGUCGAUGGAAGGUAG